AUGUACCUGGCGCUGCUGGCCGUCCUGGCAGCCGUUGCGCCGGCGGCGGCGGCGGCGCCGACGUGGUGGCGGCCCAAGCGGUUCAACAAAAACGGCAGCCUGCUGCGAUUCAACUACCAACUCUCCGACUCGGGAAGCAUCACAUACGUGCCUGGGGUGCAAGUGUACGCCAUCGAUUUUGACACCGCCAAGACCGCCAUCCCGGUUUUGAAGAAGAAGAACCCGGCCGCACGCGUCAUCUGCUACUUUUCAGCGGGGUCCUGGGAGGACUACAGGGUGGCGUACGACAAGUCCAGGCGCGGCAUCCAGCCCAGCGACUGGGGCGCCACGCUGGGCGAGGACAUGGAGGGGUGGGAGGGGGAGCGGUGGGUGGACGUGCGCAGCGCAGCGGUGCGCAGGAUCAUGGUCAAGCGCCUCAAGUACUGCAAGAGCAUCGGCUGCGACGGCGUGGACCCAGACAAUGUGAAUGGGCACGAGAACGACAGCGGCUUCGCGCUGACGCAGAGCGACCUGAUAAAAUUCAACACCUUCCUCGCCAACACCAGCCACCGCCUCGGCAUGGGCAUCGGCCUGAAGAACGGCCUAGACAUGGUCGGCGCUCUGCACCGGCACUUUGACUGGGCGCUGAACGAGGAGUGCAACGUGUUUGGGGAGUGCGAUGUGUACGAGAAGUUUGCCGCCACCAAGCCCAUCUUUGGGGUGGAGUACUGCAAUGCGUAUGCGGAGCUCGGCGUGGACACGCCUGACCCUGCCUGCUUCUGCCCCCGCAUGAUCAAGGCCGGCUACCAAUUCCUGUUCAAAAGGGUGGACCUGGGUGCUGCCGGUAUCUCCUGCACCGAGUACUGCGCCAAGUAUCCCGCACAGUGCGCCGCCGGGGCCAAGAAAACAGGGUCCUGCAAGGCCCCCAAAACCAACAUGUGCAGCCUGGUGCCAUCCGCGCCCCAGCUGUGA